AAGAGGAACAGAAAUAAAAGAGAUUCCCCUGCCACCACCUCUCCACUUCACUCCCUGUCUCCUACCAUGUUCUUUGCUUCAAUCCAUAGCACCGAAGAACAACAGAGUGUAGCAACAAAAAAAAAAUUUCCAGUCCUUCGGGUUCUGUCCACUAAACAUUCACUCAAGCUCUCAAGAUCUCCUCCGGAAGGUGGUGGUGGUGGUGUGCUCCCCCAUUGGACUAAUCUCUACUGGUCACGGGUCAAUAUCAGUACAGAUAACAUCGCUUGCUCUGGAGUUUUGUCGUUGGACUCACUCGCUCCUCUUCUCUCUCUCCAUUAACUCCUGGUUCCCAAGUUCUCUUGUUUUGGAUUGUUCUUCUUGGAGUCUCAGACUCGUAGCUUUGUUUACGGAAGAUGGUCUUGGUGGGACUGGCGGCGCUGGUGGUGGCGCUUCUGGUGCAAUGCGGCGGGGCAGUGGCGGAGGUGACGUGCUCGGGUGCCGUGCCAAUGAGGUGGCGGAGGGAGGUGAUAUCAAUUACCGACUUUGGGGCGGUGGGGGACGGGAGGACUCUUAACACUUGGCCUUUUAUGAAGGCGAUAUAUGUGAUUCAGCACCGCAGGAGGAGGGGUGGAACUCUUCUCUACGUUCCUCCUGGUGUUUGGCUCACGGGGAGCUUUAACCUCACCAGCCACAUGACCCUGUAUCUUGCCAGAGGAGCUGUUAUUAAGGCCACCAUGGAUACGUGGAACUGGCCCUUGAUGGAUCCUUUGCCAUCUUAUGGAAGAGGACGCGAGCUACCUGGAGGGAGAUAUAAGAGUCUUAUCCAUGGGAAUGGAAUUCGUGAUGUUAUAAUAACAGGUGAAAAAGGAAUAAUCGACGGCCAAGGUGAAGUGUGGUGGAAUAUGUGGAGACAAAGAUCCCUGCGUUUCACAAGACCUAAUCUCUUGGAGUUCAUGUAUUCCAGUGAUAUCCUCAUUUCUAACGUGAUCCUUCAGAACUCUCCAUUUUGGAACAUUCACCCUGUUUACUGCAGCAAUGUGGUAAUAAGAUACGUGACUGUAUUGGCUCCAUUGGACUCUCCUAACACUGAUGGAAUCGAUCCAGAUUCCAGCUCCAAUGUCUGCAUUGAGGAUUCCUACAUUUCCACUGGGGAUGAUCUGGUGGCUAUUAAGAGUGGAUGGGAUGAAUAUGGCAUCGCCUAUGGCCGUCCUAGCUCGGGCAUUACCAUUAGAAGGUUGACAGGCUCCUCUCCCUUCAGUGGAAUCGCAAUUGGAAGUGAAGCAUCAGGAGGGGUGGAGAAUGUCUUGGUAGAGAACAUUAGUCUCUUCAACACCGGCAUUGGCAUCCAUAUCAAGACCAACGUUGGAAGGGGAGGGUAUAUAAGAAACAUAACAUUCAGUGAUGUGAACAUGAACAAAGUCCGCAAGGGAGUCAGGAUUGCAGGAGAUGUGGGCGACCAUCCCGACGAAAAGUUCAAUCCAUAUGCAAUCCCAACCGUCGAUGAUGUGACGAUCAAGAACGUUUGGGGCACCAAUGUCCAGCAACCUGGGUCGAUUGAAGGCAUCAAGACCUCACCCUUCACUCGGAUAUGUCUCUUUAAUGUUAAGCUCUGGGGCGGACCGCAGAACACGCCAUGGAAGUGCGCUGCUGUGAGUGGGGCUGCCCUUGGGGUGCAGCCGUGGCCAUGCACAGAACUGACCAGAACCUCUGAAUCAGGUUUCUGCUCGAAUGCUUUCUAAUGUUUGCUGAUCAUUUCAUUGAAUGCUAUUGUUGUGUAGGAAAUGUAUGCAUUCACCUUUCCACUGAUUGGAAUAACUUGUUUGAGGGUUAGACAUCGGUUGAUUAGAGAAUAGGAUGCUAAUGUGGAAUUAGAGGUUUUGUCAGGAAGCAUUGGACCACUUCCUUAUCCAUUUGUUUUUAGAUGCCCAUGAAAUGGCUAUGUUUGUGUUAAUAUUUGGAGUCAUUGUAAUUGUUCCAAAUAUUUAUUCAAUCCAUCUUCAAUUUCUUUUUCAAAACCUUUGGU